AUGUCGAAACUUAUCACAUUGUUUCUGCUGGCUACAUUGUUCACCUCAUGUCAUGCACAAAUACCCGUGACAACCAUUCAACUUGACAUUGAACCGUACACACUUUCGGAAUGGACAAGUGACAGACAAGGAGUUGCCAAUCAAUUCUUGGAUUUGAUAGAUAAAUUAUUAGCUUUGAAACCACCUCUUCCUCUUCGUUUUGCAAUUCCUCGUUGGUUUGAUGGAAUUUCAAUCACCCGUAAUGGUGUUACUAAAUAUUUAAGUCAAUUCGUCCAAGACAGAGCUCACUUAAUGAUUAUGGAUUAUGUUAACACAGCACAGAGAGCCAUCAAUGAUGCCCAAGAUGAAAUCAAAUAUGGAUCCAUUUCUGGAACUAAAUCUGUAAUUGGAUUAGAAACAAUGCAAUUACCAAGUGAACCGACCUCAACUUAUUAUGGAAAGAAUGCAAGUGAUUUGGAGAGUGAUUUGCAAUUGAUUGAUAGUGCAUUUUCAUUGAAUAGAUCUUCAUUUGAGGCGCUAUGUGUACAUGAUUGGAAAAAUUGGAAAGUUUUUACUGCAAAUUUUACAAAACCAAUUGGUCAAUUAAGGAGGGAUUUGUAUGUUUGGGAUAAUAGUGUAAUUCUUGUAGAGGAGGUGAGGAAGAUAUUUAUGGAUGAUCUUAAAAUAUUGAAUGGUAAAUUGAGGAGAGUUUAUUUGGAAGCAGAAUAUUUAAUGUACAAUUCAGGAGUGGAAUUCAAAGUUUGGAGUAGAAGUGGAGCUUCUUUCAGGAGAUUCCAAUUGGGCAUUAACUACAAAUCAUGCUAG